GCAGAGCCGUGCGCGCACGCGCCGGCCGCGCUGCGGAAGCUUGGAGCGUCGGAACCCUUGUGCGGGUUGCGGGCCCGGCGGAGAAGUCCGUUGAUGGAGCGGUCCGCGGCGCUGCGCAGGGCUCGGGACGCGGCGCCAUGAGGUUCGCCACGCGCGCGCUGUGCGGCGCCGCCCGGGCCGCCUGGCGGGAGAGCUUCCCCCUAGACGGUCGCGACGUGGCGCGCUGGUUCCCGGGCCACAUGGCCAAGGGGCUGAAGAAGAUGCAGAGCAGCCUAAAGCUGGUGGACUGUAUCAUCGAGGUCCAUGAUGCCCGGAUCCCACUUUCAGGCCGAAACCCUCUGUUUCAGGAGACCCUUGGGCUUAAGCCUCACUUGCUCGUCCUCAACAAGAUGGACCUGGCGGAUCUGAAGGAGCAGCAGAAAAUUGUACAACACUUAGAAGGAGAAGGCCUAAAAAAUGUCAUUUUUACCAACUGUGUGAAGGAUGAAAAUAUCAAGCAGGUAAUCCCGAAGGUCACGGAGUUGGUUGGGAGCAGCUACCGCUACCACCGACGAGAGAACCUGGAGUGCUGCAUCAUGGUGACUGGGGUCCCCAACGUGGGCAAGUCGUCGCUCAUCAACUCCCUGCGGAGGCAGCACCUCAGGAAAGGAAAAGCCACCAGGGUGGGCGGCGAGCCUGGGAUCACCAGAGCUGUGAUGUCCAGGAUUCAGGUGUGUGAGCGGCCGCUGAUGUUCCUGCUGGACACCCCCGGGGUGCUGGCUCCUCGGAUCCAAAGCGUGGAGACGGGCCUGAAGCUGGCCCUGUGUGGAACCGUGCUGGACCACCUGGUGGGCGAGGAGACCCUGGCUGACUACCUUCUCUACACCCUCAACAGGCACCAGCUCUUGGGGUACGUGCAGCACUAUGACCUGGGUGAGGCCUGCGACGACAUCGCCAGCGUGCUAAAGCGUGUGGCCGUGAAGCUGAGAAAGACCCACAAGGUGAAGGUGCUGACAGGCACGGGUGACGUCAACGUUGUCCAGCCCAACUAUCCUGCGGCCGCCCGAGACUUCCUGCGGGCCUUCCGCAGCGGGGUGCUGGGCCCCGUGAUGCUGGACCGGGACCUCCUGCAGGGCCCCCCUGCGGCGGAGCCCUGAGCUAGUCCAGCGGGAGGGCCUCACGCCCCUGCCCUUGACUCCACGGCCAGGGAGUGGGUGCCCAGGAGUCCCCUGUCCACAGGCUCCUUGCUGGUCACUGUAUACUCCCCGGUCUCUGCUCUAGGAAGGAGGCCGUGCCCUCCUGCUGCUCCACAGCCCAGCCCCUGGUUACAGGGGACUGAGCCUGGGUGUGGACAUCAGGGCAGUGGACGUCCCUGGGGGCCUGGCCUGGGGAGGAAACUCACUCAUGUUCAGUAUCUCCUAAAUAUUCUCUUGAGGAGGAUCUGGUGUUUUCUCAGAAGGAGUUGAAACUGUAAUCUGUGGUUUUAAAAUGAAAAGGCCUGUCUGUGUGGUUGGCCCUUUUGUUGUGCAGUUGUGCAGCCCCUUGGGCCCUCACCAAGGAAAAACGGACGUGAACUGCUUAGCACCCAAGUCUCUUGUGUAAGAAUCCCGACAUGGAGUCCAGGUCCCGCAAUAAGAAACAGUCUCAUUGGCA